AUGGCUGUCUUCAUUGUUUUAUUAACUUUGCUACAAGUUUCAAGUGCCUUAUAUGGACCAAAGAUUUUGACAGGUGAGGUUGGAGGAUCAAUCACUAUCAAAUGCGUCUAUCGACCCAUUAAAGCCAACAGAUAUGACAGAAAAUAUUGGUGUAAAAUAUCAGGAACCAGAAGAGUUUGCAACACCAUCAUUUCUACCAACAAUUUCAUCUCUAAAGACUACAAAGGCAGAGCAUCCAUCACCGACUUCCCUAAGAAUGGCACAUUCACAAUACAAAUGACACAGCUGGAGCAGAAUGACGCUGGGGCUUACAGAUAUGGCAUCGGCAACAACAAUAAAGCCUUAUUCGUCAGCAUGAAGCUAACAGUUUUGGAAAGUACAGUAGCUGGGGACCUUCACAACAGGCUAAUUGCAAAAGGUUCUAAUGUAUCUGAAUCACCAGAGCUUGUGCUUGGGAAGCUCAGAGGGUCAGUGACAAUACAAUGCCAACCUGAAAAUGUCAAAGGCGGUGGAAAGAAAUUCUGGUGCAAACUGGGAAAAACUGGCUGUUCUGUCAUAGCGGACUCUGAUGGUUAUGUGGCCACGAAUUACAAGGGAAGGAUCUCUAUUAACCCUGAAGAAAGCUCUGGUACUUUCAAAAUCUUGAUAAACAGACUAAAAAAAGAGGACUCUGGACUGUAUAAGUGUGGGAUGGCCAUGCUUGGUGACUCUGAAAGUUCAAGAACCAUAGAUCUACAAGUGACUGAAGAGUCAACCCUUCCCAGGGAACCCAGGCUCCUGAAUGGAUCUGAAGGAGGCUUGGUGUCUGCCAAGUGCCACUAUGAUCCGCAACGGAAUUAUGAGAUGAAAUACUGGUGCAGCUGGAAGGAAGCUGGAUGCUCCCUUUUGUCGAAUACCCGUGGAUUUGUACAGGAUGCAUUUGAAGGAAGAAUUCGGAUAAUCAGUGAUAACCAGGAAAAUGGGACUUUCACAGUAGUGAUGAGCCAUCUGGAAGAAACGGAUGCAGGAUGGUACUGGUGUGGGGCUAAAGAUGGAGACACAGAGCAAACAUCCUCCAUGAAGUUACACGUUCAAAACGAAUCAUUCCCUUCACUAGCUCCAGUACCAUCUGCAUCUGUGAGGCCAGUAUCACCAACGUCUGCUCUCCACAGCAUCCCCAGUCAUGUAAAUAUCAUAAGUCAGACAUAUCCCACAAGCAGAGUCACGGAGGGAAUAUUGGAAAAAACAACCCCUGAAGACAGAUUUAUAACCUUUAGCAAUGCAAUCUAUGAAAGCAUCCCCACUCAGGUAAAUGUCAAAAGUCAGACAUAUCCCACGAGCAGAGUCAUGGAGGGAAUAUUGGAAAAAACAACCCCUGAAGACAGAUUUGUAACCUUUAGCAAUGCAAUCUAUGAAAGCUCAUCAACAAGUGAACUGCAACUGCUUCCAGUUGUGAUACCAGCCCUCAUUGUGCUGCUGCUUCUUGUUGCUAUUAUUACUCUUAUAUUUAUUAAAGUCAAGCUUCACAAGAAGAAGGAGAUGAACAGAAGUUCUGUGAGAAACCUUGAAGCAAAAGUAACCUUGACUGAUUUAAAGUGCUUAGAAGAGCAAAUGAUGGAGGAAAACAUGGAUCCAGCAAAGCAAUGUGAACCUGAGUGGGGCCAUGACAAAGGUAGACACAUAUUCUGGAUUCUGUGCUCAAAUAUCAUCUCCCUGGUUAGAGGACAGUUAAAAACAAAGCUAAAGUCUGUGCAAAAGGCACGAUUUCAGGAGAGGUUGGGGAACCAGGCAUUUGAAAGGAAAAUGACUUUCUUGGUGUUCAUCUUCUUGCUCUCCCUCCUCCAAGCUGAGUCUGCAAGAAUUUCAAGUUCAAGCCCCAUAUUCGGACCAAGGCAGGUGACCGGUUUGCUGGGAGGAUCAGUUACUGUGAAAUGCUUCUACCCUCGCACCAGUGUGAACCGACAUGACAGAAAGUACUGGUGCAAGGAAUCAACACGGCAAUGUGUGACCGUCAUUUCUUCCAGUGGCUACACUGCUCAAGACUUCGCUGGCAGAGCGACAAUCACAGACUUCCCAGAGCAAGGCAUCUUCACCAUUGAGAUCUCAAAGCUAGUGGAAAAGGACAUCGGCUUUUAUAAAUGUGGCAUUGGUCUCGUAAAUAGAGGUCUUUCCUUCAGAGUCAAGCUGGAUGUUUCCAAGGGUCCAAACGUGCCCGAAGAAGCUGAACUCUAUUACAUCGAGCUGGGAGGUUCUGUGACCAUCAACUGCGCGUUUGGCACGGAAUAUGGUAGUGAGAGGAAGUACAUGUGCAAAAUGGGGAAAAUCGGCUGCUCUAAUGUCAUCGACACCUACGGGAAUGUUAACGAAAACUACAAAGGGAGAGUUUUGCUGAGUCCUCAGGAGCUUGCUGGGUCAUUCAGCCUCUAUAUGACCCAGCUGAGGAAAGAAGAUUCAGGUGUAUAUUUGUGUGGGGUUGGGGCUUACGGAGAGAAAGGAGAAUCCAAAGAACUGGAUGUGCAUGUCUACCAAGAGACAUCUGUCCCCCAGGGACCACACGUAAUAAAUGGAGUCAUAGGAGGUUCAGUAUCUGUCGAAUGCCACUAUGAUCCACGGGGGAAUUACACUAUCAAGUACUGGUGCAAAUGGAGGAAGAAUGGAUGCAAUCAGUUAAUAACCAACCUUGAGAGUAUGAUAGAUUCGUAUGAAGGAAGGAUAAUCCUGCAUGAUAACCCGGAAAACGGAACAUUCACGGUAAUAAUGAACCAGCUGACAGCAGGGGAUGCAGGAUAUUACUGGUGUAUGACGGAUGGAGAUAUGGAAAGGAAAUCUACGAAGGAGCUGAAGAUUAUAGAUGGGCAACCUGGUUUAACAGGACCGAAAAAGAUUGAUGCAGUCAUUGGUACACGGGUCACUAUACCAUGCUCUUAUCCAUGCAAAUAUUAUUCUUACCAGAAAUAUUGGUGCAAGUGGCGUAAUACUGGCUGCCAAACUCUCAUCUCCUCUGAGCAAAACCAAACCGGCCUGGUUGUCAACUGUGACAAGGAGAAGAGGACACUCUACCUAACUUUUGACCAAGUAAUACAGGCAGACCAAGGGUGGUAUUGGUGUGGAGUGAGCCAUUCUGGUCACUAUGGGGAAACCAUGGCAGUGUUCCUGACAGUAAAUGGAGAUGCAAUCCCUCCCAAUGCAAAAUCUGAAGAUGCUACUAUUUCCAACACAGACUCUGAAAAUAGUAAUGAUCCCCAAAACAGAGGCGGGGUCAUAGAUAACAACUCUUUACCAAGCUCACAGGAACAUGACAGCUCUAAGGUGAUUCUCUCAGUCCUGCUCCCCAUUGCUGCUGUGUGUCUGCUCCUUGCUACAGUCUUUGUGGUUGUUAAAUUUAGGCUCCUGAAGCGCACAGAUUUGGUUUCGGUUGGAAGCUACAGAACAAACAUUAGCCUGUCAGAAUUUGAGAAUUCCAGAGAUUAUGGAGCGAAGGACAACGUGGGCAUACAUGAUGCGCAGGAGACCCAGCUAGGAGGAGUGGAUGAAUUUAUAACUACCCCUGGCAAUGCUGAAGGUGCAGAAGAACCACCGAAGGUGAAAAGGGGCUCCAAGGAGGAAGCUGAUAUUGCUUACAGCACAUUCCUGCUUCAAGCGAACAAAGUAGCUCAGGGAGAGGCUUAG